AUGGCUCCGCCCGAACACCCUUUCCCCGUUUCCGAACUCGACCAGCGCGUCCGCUCGCACAGCGUCAACUACAAAGAAAAAUCUCGCAAACUGCCGCAGGACUUCGACCUCAAGCGGGAUUGCGAGUUGAUGGAAUUGGUCCAGUACAGCUGCACCACGGUCAAGCAGCAGUACGAAAGGGCACUGGCGAGCGAAACCGGGUCCACCAGGAUGGAGUGUUUCCCCAUUGUGAGGCUGUUUAGAAAAUGCGUUCAGGGUGGAAAGGUGUUCCAUGUCGAGACAACAGCGUGGGAAGGUCAACACGCUUGGAAACCACCGGCGAAUCCACAGCCGACACUGCAGAGCGAAGCAAAGCCUCCUGAGGGCGAGUCGUCGGAAAAUGUGCUCACGACCUAUUGGAGCUCGUUGUGGCCCAAAAAGUGA